AUGCCAUUGACCUCAAAAGAUGUUACAAUGACUGAUGUACCCAGUGAAAGACUCAAUGGAGCUUUGGAAAAGAUAACAACAAAUAAUCACCCAGAGUCCCAGGAGUUUACAAGAAUUAAAAAGUGGAACACCACCCAGAACAUGUGCACCAUCCUCCCAACAUUGUGUGAACACCUUCCACAGAAGGCAUCCGAUCAAAUUCUGAAAUUUGCAUUACCCAAAAGUUCCAGGGGUGGUGUGACUGAAAGUCUAGGAACAAGAGAAGAUACAAGUUCACAGUACACAUACAACCCCCAGAAGAAUGAAGGAAUAGACUAUGAAUCUCGGGUCCGCCUUCUCAACAGGAUGAAUGAGAUGUCCAAACAGAUAUUUGUGAUAGCAACAGACAUACAUAAAAUGAAGAAAAAAAAAUCAAGCAUCAUACCUCUCUCUCGAUGGGUCAAUCAACUUGACUCUGUGGAUCUUGAUAAUGUCAAAUAUAACAUCAAAUGCAAAGGUGUCUCAAAUAGCACAGUGAUUUAUCAAGCAAAGGAGUCAAAGAAAAAGACAAAAUUGGCUUGUGGACAGAUUGAAGAGAUCUUUACAAUAUUGGUUGAAGUAGAGGGGAAGGAUCAGUUCCAACUUUGGUUUGAAAUCACAAGAUUUGAUGACCUGACACCUACUCAUCAAAAGGUACAUGGUCUCACAAAUUGGCCCCAUGCCAAAAUGACACUUGUUUACAAAAGACAGAACAAAAAAGAUUUGAUCAGAGCAGAAGAGCUGAUAAGUCAUGUAUCUCUAUGGGAGACUCCAGAUAAUUGCUUUGGUAUCAAAGAGUCAACUUUGCUAGUCACUGAAUUAUUCAAGAAAAUAUGCACUGGUAAUUAA